CACUAAAUGCCUAUUGGAAGAUCCAAAAGAGCGGAGCAUUGAUGGUGGAACAGAUGAACAGACGAAAGAUAUUAUGACAAAGAUUGAUGCUGCCUUGAAAGAAGACAUUGAGGUCCAAAAUUCAUUGAAUGAAAUAUCCGCGGAGAGAGAAGAGCCAAUCGAAAACAAACACAUGGCCCUUGAUACUUGUCCAAGGAAACUAGGCUUCAUCACAACCGUUAUUGUUAACCUCCAAACGUGCUAUGUUGUGUAUCCGAGACGACAAAGGGUGACCUAUGCAAUCUGUGGAGAAAGUGAUUGCUACGGAAGCAAAUUAUACAGGAGUAGAUGCGUCCGAAAUGGAUGGACCAAACUGAGGUUUUGGGUGUGGUGUCCAAGAUAUGGCUUUCGACUGAUUUACAGGUGGUACCCACAAUGCUGUUCCUGCUACAGAUGGCGAAGUUGCCUCACAACAGCAUAAAUGAAUGACAACAGAACUGCUUUUCUAUGCAUAUUAAACAUUCCUGUUUUUUACGACUGUUAACAUGUAUUUUGAUUAGAUAAUUGUUUACUAUUAUUUCUUUUC